UACUUCAGUGUAAUUUUCCGCUCAAGCGACCACAGUCUGGGAUGCGUGGCCUUCAUUUGAGCCAGAUUCUUAACUCGAAAUGUGGUUCAAGCUUAGCUUAGCGGUCUGUCUGUUCCUGAUCAGCGAUGGGGUGGGAUCCACUGACUACUGCAGCAAUGAUCUCUGCCCGCCAAUGAGUAAGCACAUUGCCUGUGAGAAUUAUGGGGACUUUGACGAGAGCUGUGGAGCUGGAGCGGCCAUCUUGAAGUUUUCCAUGCAUCUCCGGGCCCAGCUGCUGUCCAGCUUAAACUCAUUCCGCAAUGGCAUAGCUCUGGGGAGAUACCCGCCAUUCCGCCCAGCCGCCAGGAUGACCACCUUGCGAUGGAGCGAGGAGCUGGCAGGCCUGGCCAAGUUCGCCCUUCGAGGCUGCGAUAAUUUGCAAGAGUACUGCAGCAAUACGAACGCGUUCAAAUAUGUUUCCUACAUAUAUGGAAGCACUCGAUGGGUGCACCAUGAGAAGACAGCAGAGUCGGUUCUGCAGUAUGUGCUGAAGUUCUGGAUUGACGACCACAAGAGCUGUACGACGGAUCACAUCAAUGCCAAGAGGCCGCCGAAAGAUGGUAAAUGCCGCGGCUACUUCACCCAGCUGGUUCAAGACCAGGCAGACCACAUUGGCUGUGCGUUGAUUGAGCGGCAUGCCGGCAGCGGUAGCCAGCACUUUUACGCAGUACUCUGCCAGUUCUCGCGGGGAAAGAUUGCCAGCCAGCGAGUGUACGAAGAGAGUUCGCAUCCGGGCGUACGGUGCUCUUCUGGCACACAUGCCACCUACCAGGGUCUCUGCUCGCCCGAUGAGCAUGUCAAUGCGAAUGCUCUGCAAUUAGCCACCCUCCAUUGAAUCGGUCACACCGAUAGCACUGAAUAAAGUAAAUAAAUUAGCUUGA